GGUCCACCAGCGUCCAUCCUCUUGCUGGGGUGCAUGGUCCUGGCCUAGAAGGACCCAGCAGUACUGGACUGUUCCCACCGCUAGCUCCUUCCAUGCCCGUUGGCUGGGGAAAGCUGGAGGAGUGUCUUGCCCCCUCAUCUGCCUGAAUCCCAGGGUGGGAAUCACCUCCCUGUGCUCCUGGAGCUGCCUGGCUCCCACCAUGAGUGCAGAGCUCAACGUGCCUGUGGACCCCUCCAACGCCGCCUGCCCUGAGCCUGGCCAUAAGGGCAUGGAUUACCGGGACUGGGUCCGACGCAGCUACCUGGAGCUGGUCACCUCCAACCACCACUCAGUGCAGGCCCUGUCCUGGAGGAAGCUGUACCUGAGCAGGGCCAAGCUGAAGGCCUCCAGCCGGACCUCAGCCCUCCUUUCCGGUUUCGCCAUGGUAGCCAUGGUGGAGGUGCAGCUGGAGACACAGUACCAGUACCCAAGACCGCUGCUCAUCGCCUUCAGCGCCUGCACCACGGUGCUGGUGGCCGUGCACCUGUUCGCCCUCCUCAUCAGCACCUGCAUCCUACCCAAUGUGGAGGCCGUGAGCAACAUCCACAACCUCAACUCCAUCAGCGAAUCUCCACAUGAGCGCAUGCACCCCUACAUUGAGCUGGCCUGGGGCUUCUCCACUGUGCUUGGCAUCCUGCUCUUCCUGGCUGAGGUGGUAUUGCUCUGCUGGAUCAAGUUCCUCCCUGUAGAUGCCAGGCACCAACCCGGCCCUGCGCCCAGCAGCCACACAGGCUGGCAGGCUGCCUUGGUGUCUACUAUCAUCAUGGUGCCCGUGGGCCUCAUCUUCGUGGUCUUCACCAUCCACUUCUACCGCUCACUGGUGCGGCACAAGACCGAGCGCCACAACCGCGAGAUUGAGGAGCUACAUAAGCUCAAGGUGCAGCUGGACGGGCAGGAGCGCAGCCUACAGGUGGUGUGAGGCGUUCGGGUAUCCAGGAAGGCAGAUGGCAUGGCAGGCUGCUUUGACAUUGCCAGACAGUCCAAGGCCAAAGGACUUCUGUCAUCGUGCCAUAAAAACCACGGAGCUCCAGUGAUUGGGGAUUCUGUGGCUAAAGCCAUCUCCUUGGCCCUGGGCACUUCCUGUGGUGGGGGAAAGCCCAAGAAGCUGUCCCAGGAAGGACGCUAGGCAGCACUAGUAUUCAAGGGGGUUCUGAGUGCUGGCCCCUGUGGCAUGGAACCUGAGCUGUGAGUUCAAGGUUUUGUACCCAGCAUGCAGAAUUGUGCUUCAUGGUGGCCCACUAGGUCAAAAGGCCCUGUGAUUAGCAGGGCUCCCAGUGUGGUUGGUGCUUUCCUUCCAUCCCUACAGAGAGCUGGGUCCCUGCCUUGUGGAAGGAAGGCCUGGGGCACAGUCAGCUGGAGUGGUGGAUGCUGUAGUGCGCAUUGGGAUUGUCAGACCCUGGGGAAGAUUUGGUGUGGGGAGGCUGACUGAGGUUGAAGCAGUUUAGUUGAAGGGUGCUUGGAAGCACACUAGGCUCAGAUCCCCCUCUGCAGCCAGCCUAGAGGCCAGGCCACACUGAUUCACCAAGCCACCAGGUAGGGAUGUGACCACAGUCCAAGGUGUCCUUCUCUGAACCUAAGUCUCCACUGGGCUGCAUGAACAGCAGGACAGGACACCAGCCCAGGCACCAGGCCCGGCCCAGCUCCCUGUCUCAACAUGGCCAUUGACCUGGCCCACAGGUAGUGUGGCCAGGGGCCCAUGUGGGUAAAUGCUCAUCAUGACACAGAGCACCAUUGGGUCCCCACACCAUGUUUACACAGCCGUGCAGGAGGGCUGUGGCACUGUCACUGAGCAUCCAACAGAUGUGGGCUUAUGUGGGAGCGUGCUCUUUCUAGACCCUGUUUACCCUAAUGUCCAGAAGUCACCUGGAGGGGUGCCUUGUCUUUUGGCCUAUAUAUAAACAGCCACAUCAGUUCUUCCUGGUUCACUUACAUCUUUAAGAGCAUACUGUCUUUGUGGUAUCUGGAUUGAGUGUCGGGGUUCACUGGGAGGCCUCACUAAAGUUUCUAGGAAUGUGACAUGCUGUGAGGAUGUUGUCUUAGUUACUGUUCUGUCCUUGCUGAGACAAAAUACCCAAAGUCUGAAUUAAAGAGGGAAAGGAU